AUGGCCUACUUGGCUCCGAGGCCCAGCGGCCGGCACCGCUGCCGCUCGUCAUUAUUAUUUCCCAUCCCCCUCUCUUUCCUUCCCUACAUCAGGAAUUGUGAGCUGAUAUACCGGGUGGAUGAUGAUGACUUCCUGUAUCGAGUGGUGACCCCCUCAGUGCGUCAGGGGGGGGUGGGUUCCCCGACUUCAGCCCAACCAGGAGAAGGGAUUCAAGACUUCAUCUUGUUGGCUUCCAAGAGGAAGCCGUGUGGCAGCGGAGACCCUUACGUCAUCGCACUGCGCUCAGUGUCCCUGCCCACUCACCCCCCCACUGAAGGAUAUAACAGAGGAGAGGUUCUGUGUGCUGGCUUUACCAUCCUGGAGAUUAAAGACAACAUGUCCCUGGUCAGUUACUAUAACCAGGCGUCUCCAGAGGUUAUUCCCUACAUCUCCACGGACAUCGCCGGCCUCUCCUCCACUUUCUACCACACCUUCUCUUCCUGCAGCCAGUACCUCGCCAAAAACAGACUGCAGUCGGCCUCUGAGGAGCCAACUGGCCCAGACCAGACCACAAACACAGACAGUCCCACCUGGGCUGCUGCUGCAGACGGUCUGUCAGCGCCCCCCCACAGCACCAAGCUGUAGAGUCAGGGUUAUUUCCAGGCCAGUUCACAUCACGUGUACAGUGUUGCUUGAGGUUAAGAUGCUGCUUUACAACAUGGUACUAUUAACACGGCAUUAAGUGGUCACGGUGAUCAAAAGGUGAUAUUUAGAUUCAAUCUAAAUAUCCCAAAAAAGUGAGCCGAGAAAGAAUAAUGCUCUAAUAUUCAACCAGACUCUGAUAUAAAACAUAGACCUAAUUUCAAAAUAAAGACUCAUUCAAUAUUAAUGAUUGUGCCUUCACACAAUUGAAACAUUGGUGUCUGUGUCUAGCUAUUGUCAGAUAAAAAUAUGUUUUUGUUUUUGAAUCUACGGUUUGUAUUAUUGUAAAACUAACCAACUGCAGGCUUUUUAUGAGAUGCGGGUAAUUUUUUUAAAGAAACACUAAAUGUAGCAGUUAAUGGUGAGAGAAAUAUCAACACGUUCUGACUGCAAUGAGCAGAA